AUGCCAAGUCCAAGUAUCAAACCCGAGACAUCAGAGGUGAUAGUUACAUUACCCUUGGCUGUUUUGAAGUCUGGCUUUGUCAAGUUCACUCCUGACCUGCCUGCAUCAAAAGUGAAUGCAAUCAAAAACCUUGGAGCUGGUCUCAUUGAAAAGGUUGCAAUAAAAUUUUCUAAAAAUUUUUGGAGUAAAAAAAUUCAAGGUGCCAAUUUUUUUGGCCGUAUUCCUUYAACCAGAGGCAACAGAUCAAGUUCUGCUAUCUUUUAUGACUUAAGUAGAAAGGAAUCAUCAAGUCCCAAGAAGUGCAACAUCCUGAUGACUGUCCUAUCGGGUGAAUUUGCAUCCAGCAUGAAAGAUGAAGAAAUUAUCAACGAAAUAAUAGGUAUCCUGAAAGGACUCUUUCCAGAAGAGACCAUACCAAAGCCAGAAAAGUACAUAGUAAGUCACUGGGGCUCAGAUCCUUAUGCUGGGAUGGCAUACUCAUUUGUACCACUGGGCAGCUCUGGACAAGAUUAUGACGAGAUGGCCAGUACAAUCGACAAAAUGCUGUAUUUUGCUGGAGAGGCAACAAACAGGCAGUUUCCUCAGACAGUGACCGGAGCAUACUUAAGUGGUAUMCGAGAAGCAGAAAAGAUUUUGUUUCAAUUAUUGGAAGGUUCCUGCUAGUGAUUCUAGCAACACAUGGGAUGUAAUCAUACUUUCCUAAUUAUUAAUAAUUACUAUUAUUAAUACAGUUCAUUAGAAGUAUUUUUCACAAGCCUUUAAAGCAGCACAAGUGAGAGAGGACUGGGGAGAGAAAGUGUGCAUUGUCGCUUGUUUAUAACUCUACUCAGGGYAGUUUUUCAUGUUAUAAGACUAUGCUUUCAUCAUCAUUCAUAGGGAAAAAAUGUUUUAUAUGGUGCGUUACACCUUAUUAUAUUGCUAUGCCAACCAGAGUUUGAAUGUUAGAAGCAAUUUAGCCUAUUAAUUUUUUUAUAAUUUCAUAGCAUAUUUAUGGUCUAUGUUAGGGAAUAUCUUUAUGAUGUUAGUACAAAAUGUUAGGUCUUUGUUUGUUAAUGCUUGAAAAUACUCCCAGGGGGUGUACUCAGGUGGGUAACAUGAGGGGGGUGSGAYRGAGCUUCAUAUUGCAACCMAAAAAAAUACUCAAACCUGAAAUUUUACACCCAAAAAAUACAUGGCAUCCAAAUUUCUGACCCAAAAAAAUACAAGACUUCAAAACUGAUUAUUAUUGAAUUCAUCAGGCUCUUCAUAAUUUGGCAUAUAAAACGAAAAACAACUUAAUGGAUUGUGCCUUGCUGGGAAAAAAAAAAUCAAACAAAUAAUUUUCCGAUACAAAAAUUGAACUCGGAGAUGUAACGACCCAAAAAAAUACGGGUUUCAUUUCAAGACCUAAAAAAAUACGUGGCUGGUCUCUUGACCCAAAAAAAUAUGUCGSAGCUUCCCGUCAUGUUACCCACCCGAGUGCACCCCCUGGGAAAAUACUAGUCCUUAGAUCAGGGAGGCACAGGGUGGUCAGUUUCACAAUCAAUAUUGCUAAAAUUGUUGCAUCAUAUAUAAUCUUGUACAGGGUCGCUCAUUAUAUACUUACAUACUCUAUCACUUUAAUACAAGGAAUUCAUGAAUCAUACUCUCAUACUCUACUUUAGCUAUUUUCACAUAUUGCGCACUCAUUUUAGCCUGAAUCACAUGCCAUGCAUAACCCCUUUGCCAACCUUUYAGAUAAAUACUUAGAAAAAAAUAGUUAAACAAACUUUUAGUUCACUUUACCAUUAAUCUACAAAAACCUAGUAUCCUUCUACCAAUACCUUAAUAUUAGUCUAUUCACGAACCAUCUUUACCUAACCUAACGACACUCAUCCAUUAAUCUAUCAACAAAAUACUGACACAACCUAACAACACUCAUUUAAAGGUCUUUUUGUAGGGCUUGGAGAAUAGAACUUUGCUGAAUACACCUAAUUGGCUAACGUGUUGCUAUGUACAUUACCACCUAAUUCAAACCUUCUGGGAAUAGAAGCGUUUGUCUCUACGAAUUCAACUCUGAAACCAAAAUUUAAGAACAAUGAAACUUACUCCCAUGUGGUUUGAAUUGGGUGGAAACGUUUAUAGCARCUUGUUAGCCGAUUAGGUCUAUGGUUGAGUGUUUAUUGAUAAUAUAAAACUAGGUCUUU